AGUGGGUCAUGUUGACUUCGCCCCUGGCACGCGCCUUGCCACGUUUCUUAUUUGUCCUGGUUUCAUUGAGGAAACAGUCCUUGCGCCUUCUCUACUUUUGCGAUCUUUUGCAAUCACAUCUCGACUCAAACUGUUCAACUGACGAUUCCCACCUAUACUAUUCACUACAUGGCAUACCACUCCAUCGUCGACCGUGCUUCAGGAAGAAAUGUCGCGGUCGUUUUACAGAACAUUGCAAACGGAAAUGUCAUUGUCGAUUACUCAGAUCGCCGACCGGUAGUUGAGGCGCUCAUCCAGGACCUCAAAGAAGGCGGAGUUGCGAAAAACUGGAACGAGCGAGAACGAGUUUUUGCACUUCAGGCACUCAAGACACUCGGCAGGGCUACUGAGGGUUGCGACGCCAUCUUCACUGAGGAGGGGAUUCGGACCUUGAUGUACCACUCGGGCCUUCAUAGCACAACAGAAGCAAGCAUUGACAGGACCAGCUCCAGAGAGGCAUUGAAGUGCCUUGCGAACGCUCUAUUGCUCAAACCGACCACAAGACCUGUCUUUGAUCGCCUCGAGGGGCCACGCCAAUGCAGCCAGCUACUUAAAAGAUCCCAGCUUUCCAACGAGUCUCAGUUUCUUUUUAGUCGCAUCCUAUUUCUAAUGACCAUUGACGCGAUUUCGACUGUGAAGAGUCUCAUCGACGAUCACCAUGCGGUAGAUAGUGUGGGUGUAGUGCUGAAGACUCAAUUGGCAAGGUCGCCCGAUGGCACCAUGUUCACGCAGUCCAUGGUGCUAAGUGAAGCACUCAAGUAUUUAUUCAACCUGAUGAUUGUGGAUCCAAAAAUCGAACGGAGUGAUGAAGCAAAAUUCACGGACCAGGAAAUGAUAGAGGCAACAGGAAAAAGAUUUCAGAGCUUGCUGCCCACGAUUGUGUCAAUCCUGAUCACUAUUCCGCCUUCCAGCCCUAACCCUCUACAGCCACCUCACUCCCAUGCUAUCCAUGUCCUCUUGAAUUUCCCAAUCUCAACGUCGGCCCUGCUUGUCACUCGGUCGCAGCAGGCAGAACUGCUUAAUGUGCUUACUCAAAUUUUGGACGACACCCUGAAGCAUUCGUUAAACACAGAUGAGGAAGUCUCAACAGAUGGACUUAGCAACGGAACAGAGUUAGAUGAAAUUGUGCCUCCCUUGAUCAUUGUUCUGACCAAUAUUGCAUCGGCAGGAGGCGAAGGCAAGGCAUUCUUGAAAGCCAGACUCUUGCCGGAUGAUGUGGAUCGGUCCAAACCUCUCGAGAAGGGGGACUCGUUCUCGGCAAGGCUCAUUCGACGAAUGACUUCGCUCCGUUUUCCACAGAUCAGGGAAACUAUCAGCCAAUUACUUUUUGUUGUAUGCAAUGAAGACCCUGCCGUUUUGACACGCCAUGUGGGGUACGGUAAUGCAGCAGGAUUUCUCUUGAAUAGGAAUCUUGGGGUCCCAGCAUCUGUGACCGGUGCUCAUGUGGAAGAAAUAGACGAGGACCAAGCAACGACACCACCCAAGUCUGCCUUGUCUUCAACAGCACCAACAGCUCCUGCGGCACAUGCAUCAUCUGACAUAGAUUCGGGUGCGCCACCAACCCGCCGAUUUUCCACAUCCACAUCGGUUAACCCGAUCACAGGAGCUUACUAUCCUGAUCCAUCGGCGAUCCGCACCGCCAUGGCAGAUAUGACUGAGGAGGAAAAGGAAGAGGAGGCCGGCAGAUUGCUGGACAUGUUUGACAAGAUGCGCCGGACGGGUGUGAUGGAUGUUCGGAAUCCAGCGCUGGAAGCUGGGCUGAGGCAGAGGGAACGAGACCGGUACUAUGAUGAGCAGGAGCAACGGGAGCAGGAGGAAGAAAAGGAGCUGGAGAAGACCUACGGAAAGGUGUGAUAUGGCAAUGGCCUUUCUACUCUCCUUCCUGGUUCUUUCGUAGAGGAGUUUCCUCCCGAAUAUGAUGCUUGGUUUGUGUGAAAUCCAUUGAGGCAAAAGGGUAUUACCUUGAAACAGGAAAGCAGGGAGAAGGAGAGAAAGGUGUGUGGCUCAUGCGGAUGUACGUAUACGUAGUGUCUGUGGGCAAGAUGACAGCAAAUGGCCCAGCUUAUGGACAUGCACCCGUCGAUCUAAUAAAUCCAUCCACUUGAUUGCAGACACUCAAACACUUAAACACUCAAACACUUAAACACUCAAACACUUAAACACUCAAACACU